GUUUCUGUCUGAGUAACUUGACGCUUGGAAGACGAUGCAGGGGAGACUCGAGGCCGCCGGAGAGGACUCCGCAUUUCAAGGAAAACAGCCACCUAGAAAUAAUGAUGGAUCAUAGUUGGCUCAAACACCUGAUGAAGACACUGAAUACUCGCCGUAUGAAGCAGGCUGGGCGUGUUUAAAGCCAGCCGGCUCAAGUAUCCGCUUUUACAUCCUCAGCCACCGGACGUUGGUAGGCGACUGCCCGGCUUGCUAGCCCGCAGUCCUUCAAAAUCUCUGCUCCACAAUCACGGACCUUCUCCAUUUAUUUUUUUAUUUUUUCAGUGGCAUUACGAAACCUAGCAAGUAUACAAGGGACUGGAUUAACAAAAAACGCACGUCUACUUUCAAUACAGUGAAGGUGUAACCUGCUAGUCCUCUAUUUCACAUCUGACCGCUGGGAACGAGCUAGCAUCAUCUGGAGUUGGACGCUGGCGCGGCUCCCCUACAGCAUCCUUGCCUGCGCCGCUGCACCGGAAUGCUAACUAACGAGGAAAUGGCUUUAACAUGACCGCGAACCCUUCGCCUCUCAAACGCCUAGCGCUUGUAGGUGGCACACGGACACUUUAGAUGUCAAAUGUAAUGUCCGCCGGGAGCUUGCAUCAUGCGUGUGGCUUUCCGCGUCUGUCUCCAGCCUCGCGGAUGACACUCGCACAGGUACCGGCGGUUCAAAGCGAGCAGCGACGGCGCGCGCACACAGUUGCCGGGUAGCGCUUAGAGACUUCUCCUGAGCUAGCUAGCGCCGAGCUAGGCGGCUAACAGCACAAAAUAAUAAUUAAAAAAAACAAAGCAAAAACAAACAAACAACAACCCCAAAACAAAACAAAAAAACCUCACAACCAAUACCAAUGGUUUCCCAUAAGGUUUUAGUCGCAAUAAUCUUACUGAACGUGUAUAUAGGUGUACAGUCAGUUUUUUACUUAUUCGGCGGUGUCCUUUUAACCGUCCUCUUUGCUAUGGCAUUUUUAAAUGGACCCAGGCUGCUGGACUGGGCGAGUUCACCUCCACAUCUUCAGUUCAACAAAUACGUCCUUACGGGAUACCGGCCAAUUUCCUCCGUGCAGGACUGCAUCAGAAGCCUGUUUUACCUGCACAAUGAACUUGGAAACAUAUACACUCACGGCAUCCCUCUGGUUUGCUUCCUGGUGCUGCUGCCUCUUAACAUCCCCUGGUCUCAGAUCAGCGUGACAUGGCUGGGUGUGGUGCACUUCCUGGCCUGCCUGUCACCCCAGCUGGGCUCUGUGGUCUACCACCUGUUCAUGAACCACGAGGGAGGGGAGCCAGUCUACCACACACUCCUGAAGCUGGACGUGUGUGGAAUCUGCAUGAUCAACACGCUGGGAGCGCUGCCUAUCGUCUACACCACGCUGCUGUGCUACCCACUUAUCCGCACUGUGGCCCUUUUAGUCUACAUCCUGCUGUCCAGCCACGCCAUCUACUGCGCCGUCACCGCUCGGAGCAGCGUUCGGCGGUUGCGCUCCUUCGCCUGGCAAGCGCUGUUUCGCUUCUCCUUCUUCCUGCUCCGCUGGGUGGGCGUGGGCGGCGGCAGUCCCACCUCGCUACGCCACUUUCUCACGAUGGAUGCACUGGCCGUGCUGGGCGGGGUCAUCAACAUCACGCGCAUCCCGGAGCGCUUUUGGCCGGGUCUCUUCGACUACUGGUGCAACAGCCACCAGAUCAUGCAUGUACUGGUGGUGAUCUCCAUCCUUUACCUGCACUGGGGCGUGCUGGACGACCUUCUCUGGAUCACCAGCUACGACUGCCCCUCAGAUUGACCCACACAGCAGCCCCCCGGCCCCUCACAAGGAGUGCUGGAACAUACCAUUGAAAGACCUCUGGGGGGAGGGGGGAGCCUGGAAAGGGAAGGGAAAGGACAGGGAUCACAGAAACUAAUGCUGUGCAUGUGUUCACUUCAUGCGCUGAAACUCAGAAUGUUCAUAUCUUCGUCCAUCUUGAUUUGUGCGAAUGCAGGUAAAAGUAUGUCGAGUAACACGCACAAUCAUUCUGACUUGCUCAGUUGCCACAAACUUGGUGCAAAGGCGUAUACAUACACACAUAAACACACAAACACACACACACACAGACACAUUUAUACACAAGCAGAUAAAAAAAGUGGAAAAUUUUAAAAAGUAAAUUUAUUAACCAAGUUUUAAACCCUAUAAUGUCUUAGGUAAAGGUUACAGCUCGAAGCCUUUUACAUAAUGAUAGAAGUUUCUUUUAAGGAUUACUUUGAUGUCGUUGAUUAAAAUGGUCUAAAUCAAUGGUUCUGAAAGCUGGGUCUACGACCCACAGCUAAAAUAUCUAGUGAUAAAUUUCCUUUAAAUUGCUGAAAUUACAUUCUGAUCUUAAAAAGUGGCGAUCUACAGAUGGAGACUAUAUUUUGUGUCCUUUAAUCACGCCCAUGUUACCUUUGGACGAGUAGAAACUGACACGUGUCUAAAAUGUUUCGAUUUAAAAGUUUUAUAAUUUUGGCAUGCAAGAGUAGAAAUGGUAGUAAGCAUGCGGUUUGUCAGUGUUGGGAUUAUAAGCGAGACCUUGGAAAAAUGUUCUUGCCUGUCGCCUCAGGAAUACACCGAGCUCAGCUGUGUUGCAUUCCAAGUCUCAUGCUGCUCCCGAAGCUGAUCUCGCCCACUCGCGACAAUACUUGCAAAUCCAUCAGACAGGUUGCGGCACGCCCCAGAAGCAGCUUUGUGUCCUGAGUGUUUUUUAUGGAAGCUGCAUUAAGAUGCACAGAGUAGGGCUGGAAUUCAGACCCAGAAGAUCAAAGAGUGUCUUGUCAAUUUUGAAAGAGUGCCGGGCGGUAUUCUGAUUCUAAUUUAAUUUAUCUGAGUAUGAAUUUAAGAAAGUAAUGAGGCUUUUUACCGGUAGAGACCUAGAAAAGACAAAACACUUACUGUGACCUUUGGAGGGGUUUAUAUGUGGUAAAACAUUUUGUGUAAGAAGUACUUUGGAGUGUUUUGAGAAGGGGCUUGUAUUAACUUUCAAACUCAAGGUUACCACUGUGUGUUAACGCCACUGAAGGUUUCAUAAAAAUUUAAGGGGCUGGGUGAGUGGGAGGAAAAUUCAGAACUUUCAAGAUUGAAGCUGUAAAAAGGACGAAAUGGCACAUUUAUGAGGAAAAAGUCUGAAGUUUAUAUUGCUGAAUCGCCUGUGUGGUCUUCCUGGCAGCUCCAUCUUCAACAUCAUUUGUCCAGUAUAUGCACUACCCCUCCUCUGCACAUGUCCAAACUAUCUCAGCCUUGCCAAUUCGGGUCCAUACAUCACAGCAGGUCUCACCAUCUUGUAA